AUACGCCUAAUCCUUGUACCAUUAUCCCAUUUCUCUCUCUCUCUCUCUCUCUCUCUCUCUCUCUCUCUCACGACGACGACGACGAAGACGAAGACGAAGAAGAAGCUCGUAGGAGGAGGAGGCGAGAGAGGAAGAAGGGGCUCUAAUGGAUCUGUGGGAGAGGGCUAGGGUAUUCGCGGGGGAGGCAGCGAAGCGGUCGCAGGAGAUCUCCAUGGAGGCGGCGAAGCGGUCGCAGGAGCUCACCAUGGGCGCCGCGCGCCUCUCGCAGGAGCUCGUCUCCGAGACGGCGAAGAAAUCGCGGGAGAUCGCGGCGGAGGCGACGAAGAAGGCCGAUCUCCUCCGCUACGAGGCCCUCCGCGCCGCGGGGCAGAUCAAAACCCUAGCUUCUGAUAUCCCCAUCCCCCCGAUCCCCCCGAUUCCCCCUAUCCCGUCCAUCUCCGCUGGAUCCGGAUCCGGAUCUCCCGCCGCCGAUGACGAGCUCAAGCGGUUCGGGGUCACGGAGGAGCUCAGGGAGUUCGUGAAGGGGAUCACGAUCAGCACCUUCCGCGAUUUCCCCAUGGAAGAUGAACCAGAAAUAUCUGAGGUUCCUACAGUGUCAAAUGUUCGGCAGGAUCUUAGCGAAUGGCAAGCGAGGCAUGCUACUCUUGUUCUCUCAACUGUUAAGGAAAUAUCAAAAUUCAGAUAUGAGCUAUGCCCGCGCUACAUGAAAGAGAGAAAAUUCUGGCGGAUAUACUUCAUACUAGUGAACACCUAUGUGGCUCCGUAUGAGAAACAAUACAUGGAUGAGUUAAAGAUGAAAUCAGAGCAAAAGAAAGAUGAUGGGGUGAAGGAAACUUUGACGAGUGCUCAAGCUACUAAGACGGCAGAGAAGGAUACAAAGUUGCAAAGCAAGGCUUCGACCUCAUCAAACGCAGAGCACGAUUUGGAUAUCUUUCUUCUUGGAGAUCUUGGAAGUGAUGAUGAGGGUCCAGAUGUUCAUGAUGAUGCUGAGGAUAAUUUUGAUGACGAUUUUGAUAAGAUUGACAGCACCUCGGGCCUGGAAAGUGACGAAGAGAACAAAAAACAUAAGGACUCGAAGUAAAAUGGCCGACGCAUGCACUAGGUAACAACAUGUUCUCGAAUUUGGAAAAGGUGUCACUUGAUAGAAUAGCCUCUUCUUUGCCCCCAACACUUAUAUUUGUGACGGCGCACAUCUCACCGCUUCAGUAAUCCUGCUUUCUAUUGUAUAGUCGUAUAUUUGUUCAUUAUUUCAAUGAAUUCAAAAUGCUGUUCGAUGUUCUCCUUUUCGUAGAGCACUUUGAUUUCUCAAUCUUUUUUUUUUUUUUUUCUUCCUUUCUUUUUUCUCGCCUCUGUGUCAUCUGUUAUUGCCGUGACCAUCCAUAUUACUGGUGUUUGUUUUUGGUGCAUUUUUAUAGUUAAAUUGGUUUAGACUUGGUUUGGUUC